AGCGGUGAAAUGCGUAGAGAUGGCAAAGGUCAAGGUCACUUUCAUGUCCGAGACAAAGCAGACAUUGAACCGAAAUGAAAAAUUAGUGUAUGCCACUGGCGUUCUAGGGUUCGGUUGCGAGGAGUCUUCUUCGAUGCCGAAGCAAAUUGACAAAAAGAAGUUCACUUGGGUGAUUAAGAAUUUCUCCUCUUUGGAAUCUGACGUAAUCUACUCUGAUGAAUUCAUCGCUGGUGGCUGCAAAUGGCGUCUUGUGGCCUUUCCCAAAGGAUAUAAUAACACCAGUGAUUUGUCUCUGUAUCUGGUGGUUGCUAAUGCUGAAUCUUUGCCUUGUGGAUGGAGAAUACACGCAGUAAUUUCCUUAAGUGUAGUUAAUCAAUGUUCAGAGAAAGUCUCACAAGUGAGAGUUAAAAAAAAAUGGUUUGAUGAGAAGGAUCCAGAGUGGGGUUUUAAGUACAUGAUUCGCCUUGAAAAACUUAUGGCCAAAAAUGGUGGCUUUAUGGUUGACAACGAAGUCAAGAUUGUUGCAGAAGUACAUGUUCUUGAAGUUAUUGGCGAUUUAGAUGUGUCAGACAAAUCUGAGGAGGUAACCCAACCUCUGAAGAAGAUAAAGAUAGAUGUUGCUGGGACUAGUGAUUUGCUUAAGGAAAGUCCAUCAGAUUGUGUGGUGAAUGUCAAUGGGUUUAAAGUUCUUUCUUCCCAGGCAGAAUUGGUGAAACUUAUAUUUCAAAGGCACCCAGACAUAGCAAUAGAGCUCCAAGUUAAGAACCAACAUCUGAGGACAGCGUGCAUGUAUGUCCUACUCAAACUUAUCGACACACUGUGCCAGAAAGAGCUCUCCUAUGAUGAUUUGGUAGGAGUAGAUAGUGCACUAACAUACGUGAAAGAUUCUGGCUUUAAGGUGGAUUGGUUGGAGAAGAAAUUGGAGGAAGUGAAGGAAAAGAAGAUGGAAGAGCAGAUUGGUGAGACUCUGAGGCAGGAAUUAGAGAAAAAGAUGAAGGACUGUAAGCAGAAGUGCUCAGAAAAAGAAGCUUUGCUGGAGAAAGAGAAUAAAGAACUGAAGGACUUGAAGCAGAAGUGCUUGGACAUAGAAGCUUUGCUAGAGAAAGAAAAGGCAAAGGUGUUGGCCACUGUUGCUGCUCCUCUAACGUUGGAUGAUGUUGUCUGAUGUAUUAGGUUUGGAAUGUUGUCUAGGUGUGUUCUGACUUCUGUUACUGUAUGUUCGUUUGAGUGUAGGUUUCAAAGUUUGUGUCUCAGUCUCUAAGUAGAAGCUAGAGUAACUUCUUUUGGGAUUGGAAGUUUCCUACAUUUUGUAAAGAACUAAUAUUUUGGUUAAGAGGACUCGGGUAGAAUUUUGUAAAGCUUG